UUCUGGGUCUCUCUCGUCUCGGCCACGAUCGCGCCGGGCGCUGCGCUGCGCUCCGGGCCGGCGGGAUGGCCGCGCUCCUGCUGCCUCCGCUCCUGCCGCUGCUGCUCUUGCUGUGCCGCGGCCCCGCCGGCAGCCUGGGCAACCGGCACGCGGUGCAUUGGAACAGCUCCAACCCGCACUUGCGCCGAGAGGGCUACACGGUCCAGGUGAAUGUCAACGACUACUUGGACAUCUACUGCCCGCACUACAACUCCUCGGUGCCCGAGGGGCGCAUGGAGCAGUACAUCCUGUACAUGGUGAACCACGAGGGCUACCGGACGUGCAACAUCAGCCAAGGGUUCAAGCGCUGGGAGUGCAACCGCCCACGCGCCCUGCACAGCCCCAUCAAGUUCUCAGAGAAGUUCCAACGCUACAGCGCCUUCUCGCUCGGCUACGAGUUUCACGCCGGACACGAGUACUACUACAUCUCUACUCCGACGCACAACCACCGCCGGGCCUGCCUCCGAAUGAGAGUCUUCGUCUGCUGUGCUUCUACGUCGCACUCUGGGGAGAAGGCGGUGCCGACCCUCCCGCAGUUCACUAUAGGGCCAGAGGUGAAGAUCGAGGACUUGGAUAAUUUUAACCCCGAGAUGCCCAAGUUGGAGAAGAGCAUCAGUGGGACCAGCCCCAAACGGGAACACUUGCCCCUGGCUGUGGCCGCCGCCCUCUUCCUCAUGACUCUCUUGGCCUCCUAGCCGCGCGGGGUGCCGAGGGAGAGCACCGAACCGCCUGCGCGGACCCAGCUCCCUCCCCAGUGACUCCCCUUGACGUCGUGAAAGGACAAACAAUUAAAAAAUGAUCUAUUUAAACUGCAACGAGACAGCAGGACAGGCAGACGGGGAGUGCCACGGUGGUGGAGCGUGAACCUUUUUUAUUUUCCUGACGGCGCCACCCUCUCCCUCCCCCAGCAAAGGGAACAUCGCCGCUGCAGCCUGCCCUCUCUUUCUCUCGCCUGCCCCGUCUGCCUGUCGCUCGGGGGGAGGGGAGAUUCAAAGGAGGUCGUGGGGUUUUGCCUACCGGGACGGGAGCCCCGCCCGCCUGCGAACUUGAGCGGGGAGGGGGCUGUCCAGUGCCCUGCCAGAAGGCGUGCUCGACAUCCGGGCCUCCAAGCCGAACAGUGGCCUAAGGACCGUGGGCCACCGAAGCAAUAGGCCACCUGCCUGUCUCUUUUUUGGAGGGAGGGUCCUAGGCACAGCAUGGCAGCAAACACCCGGAGCGGCAGAGAUCGCCUUGAAGACCUCAGCCGGCUCGAGCCGUAACACGAGGAUGCCGCAGUGGGGCCGUGUUUCCAAGAGGGAGAGCUGUGCCCUGUUUGGAGAGGGGCACCUUGCCCUACCCCGCAGUGGGGGGCACUGUAUGCCUGGUGACUCUUGACCUGGGAGGUGUGGUACCCUAGUUCCGGGGUACCUGUACAUAUCGCGAUGUGUUGUGUACAGAGAGAGGCUCUAUUAUCCGUGUCUAUAGAUUAUCAUAAACUGUUCUCGUAGUGGGUGGGCACGGGGCGGGCGCCGGCCUGCCUG